AUGCCUCGCCAACAACGUCGUGCUGCCCCUACCCCGGCGCGCAGCGCUCCCACCCGCCCUACUGCUGCCCCUGCUCGGCCCGCGCCUUCUCCCCAGCAGCAGCAGCCUCACUCGACUGCCGCCCACCCCCAGGCUCCUCCCAUGCAGCAUGCGGCUCCUGUGCAGCAGAGCUCUGGCCCUGGUCUCUUCAGCACGAUGGCCUCAACCGCUGCCGGUGUCGCAGUUGGUAACGUUGCCGCCCACGGACUCAUGAGCGCCUUUGGCUUCGGCGGUAGCUCCCACGCCCCCGCCGAGGCCCAGCAGGCUCCUCCCGCCGAGAACCAGACCAUGGACAACGGCCUCUGGCAGAGCAACGCCACCCAGCAGUCGUGGGAGACCCCUGCCUGCGAGCCUGACAUCCGCAACUUCCGCCGGUGCAUGGACGAGAACAAGGGUGACAUGACGGUCUGCGGUUGGUACAUGGACCAGCUGAAGGCUUGCCAGGCUGCUGCUAAGCCCUACUAA